CAACCCCAUCACUCCCACUGUUCAUACUGCAUCUAUAAAACACUAAAUAAUAUCACCCUACAUCUUACAUCUAAGUCCCCAGCUCUCUCAACAACCAAGAACCAAAGAGAGAGAAACAAGAAGUUUAGAGAGAGAUGAGAACCAGUAACCAUUUGAUAGGUGCACUGAACUUCCUAACCUUCCUGCUAUCAAUCCCAAUACUGGGUGGUGGAAUAUGGCUAAGCGGCAGAGCCAACAACACAGACUGUCUCAAGUUCCUCCAGUGGCCUCUCAUCGUCAUCGGAGUCGCCAUCAUGGUGGUCUCACUCGCGGGCUUCGCCGGCGCGUGUUACCGGAACAUCUUCCUCAUGUACUUCUACUUGUGGGCCAUGUUCGUCAUCAUAGCUGCCCUAAUAGGGUUCGUGAUCUUCGCCUAUGUCGUGACUGAUAAAGGGUCGGACCGGGUCGUGCCGGGCCGGGUCUACCGCGAGUACUACUUGGCGGACUACUCUGGGUGGCUGGAGAAGCGCGUGGCGAGUGACAGUAAUUGGAGGAAGAUCAGUUCUUGUAUUAGAGACUCUCAUGUGUGUCCUAAGUUGAGGAGGAUGACCGGUGGGUUCCCUGAGGCUGCUGAAGCGUUUUACCGCAGAAAACUCAAUCCUGUUCAGUCUGGGUGUUGCAAGCCCCCGACAUCCUGCGGCUAUACAUACGUAAACGAGACGGGCUGGAACCCCGUAGGAGGGAUGGGAGGAACCAACCUCGAUUGCCUCCAGUGGAGCAAUGAUCAAGAACAACUGUGUUAUUCUUGCAACUCGUGCAAAGCUGGUGUACUGGCCAGCCUGAAGAAGAGUUGGAGAAAGGUCUCUGUGAUCAAUAUUGUAAUUGUGAUCAUCCUGGUCAUUGUUUAUGUGGUUGCCUGUGCAGCAUUUAGGCACACCAAACGUAUCGACAACGAUGAACCUUAUGGCGAGACCCGAAUGGAGAAGGCACAGCCUAGCAGGCUACAUUUCUAAGAAGGAUGUUAUAAAACUGAGAAUUAGAACUCAAAUUCGAAAAAACCUUAUAUAGUUAUCUGGAUAAUGUAUCUGACUAUGGGAGGUUCUGUGUCUUAUUCUGAAGGGUUGACUUGUUUUACUCUGUAGGAUGUGAGGAAUCUUUCCUGGUGAUUUUCGUUUUGAAGGUAGAUUGGGUGUAUAUUUUGUUCUGAUUGUGUUGUAUUUUCACUUCACUCAGAAAUUUACAUGUUGCCUAUGAUAUGAUGUUGAAGCUUUGAUUGCAAU